UUAAUAUGCUAUUUGCAGGUGAAUGCAAUCAAUCUGUCAAUUAUUUUUUGACUGCUUAUUUUGAUGAUAUAAGUGGUAUCACCUAAAAAACAAACAUACAAUGCUGUCAAACGGCUCAAUACCUCGCUAUCAUCCCCACCACAACCAACACCAACACCACAACAGUCAUCAUCAUAAUCACCGACACUCGUGUCCGCCYAUAAACUUACCGGCGCCGCCAUCGGCAGCCAAUUCGUUACGUUCAUCAGCGGGCGGUCAGUAUUUGACCGGUCAAUCAACRCUUUACCGCAACUCSUUGGCMUCGACAGCAGUCAUGGGCUCGACUAUACCGCUAUCGGCCGACUCUAUUCUGACCUCGGCCGAUGACCGYAUACUAGUAACCAAUAAUAUACUAAAAGAUAAGUSUCCGCCACCACCACUGCCGCCGCAACAACAGCACCCGAUAGUACACGGCAGAGGCCAUGAAAUUAUUGAGACCAAACUGUCGGCCAACAUAUUGCCGAUAUUCAUAAUGGACUUUCUGUCGUUGGCCUGUCUGUCCUGUUUGGCCUAUUUGUUACGAUUUACCGAAUCGUUUGCCGGUUUACAGCGCGGUUUCUUCUGUGACGACCCGACCAUUUCGAUGCCGUGGAGGCCGGCAUUCGGUGACCAUCGGAAGCCACCGAUGACCGGGUUUAGUGAUGAACUAUUUUAUUCAAUCAUUAUAGGAGUUCCAGUUUUAAUGAUAAUAAUUACCGAGAUUUUGAAAAUAUUUCUAAAGUCGGAUAAUUACAACAAUAUCCGGCGUAAAGUAAUUGCCGCUCAAAGCGGUUGUAUUACAUGUCAUAUACAGAUGCCGUUGCGCCGGAUAUUCCGGUUUAUCGGUGCUUUUGCUUACGGUCUACUGGUUACCAGUAUAUUGACCGAUACCUUAAAACUGGUUACCGGCCGACUGAGGCCCUACUUUCUAACUGUCUGUCCCGACUUUCCCGAUACGGUUCUCUGUCAAAACCAGACAUCCGUCAUACGAUCGGCUCGUAUGUCGUUUCCAUCCGGAACGGCAUCCCUGUCCACCUAUUCUGCACUAUUCAUUGUAUUGUACAUCACUUAUGGCUGGACUGCCCGAAGUAGUCGUGUAUUUAAACUCUGGUUUACCGUCACAUCAGUGGUCUGUCUGCUGAUUGUCUGCGCGGGUAAAGUCACCACUCAUGACAAUCACUGGGACGAUAUAGUGACGGGUCUGGUAAUCGGUAUCGGGUUUGCACUGUACAUAUGCUAUACACAGUUGAAUCUGUUUAGCGAUCUAUUUGUCAGCGGUGGUAGUGGUGACCAACCGAUCAGUGAUACACUAGAAAAUCAAUCGCAAAUGACUGACGACGAAGACGAUGGCCAAUGGUUUUGGCGAUACUUUCAUAUACCGCGCGUUAAUCUAUUGAGACGGAGUGCCCGAUAUUUUCGCAAACGUACGGCCGAACCAAAUAUCGGCGGCGGCGGUGUCGGUCAUACCGGUAUGUCAUCGAUGACCCCCCGUUUGGGUGGCAAUUCAUCGUAUGUUAAUCCGGCAUUUGAUCACAAGGACCAUAUCAUGGAUACCGGCACUGGUGGUAGUGGUAGUAGUAGUAGUAGUAGUAGUAGACCGCACUCGAGAUUAGAGAUUAGAUUAGAGAUUAGAUUAGAGAUUAGAUUAGAGAUUAGAUUAGAGAUUAGAUUAGAGAUUAGAUUAGAGAUUAGAUUAGAGAUUAGAUUAGAGAUUAGAUUAGAGAUUAGAUUAGAGAUUAGAUUAGAGAUUAGAUUAGAGAUUAGAUUAGAUAAUAGAUAA